GCUGUCUAGCCAACUGGUCUGUGGCGUGACUGGCUGGUUUUUGACCCGCCCUCAGGAGCGUCAGGGCGGCUGACCGCGCGGUGUAUGUGUCGUCACUUCCACUGCUGUGUCGCACGAGCCGGUCCAAGUGAGGGAGAUCUCAGCGCGGGCGCAUCAUGUCCUCCCUGCUGAAAGUGGACCAUGAGCUAAAGAAAAAGGUUGACUGUUUCCGAGAACGGAUCACAACUGAGGCUGAAGACCUUGUUGCGAGUUUUUUCCCAAAGAAGUUACUGGAACUGGAUGGCUUUCUUAAGGAACCCAUGUUGAAUGUUCAAGAUCUCACCCAAAUUCAUUCUGAAAUGAACUUGCCAGUGCCAGAUCCAAUAAUUCUGACAAACAGUCAUGAUGUACUGGAUGCUCCUAAUCUUAAAAAGAGAAAAUUGGAGGAUGGAGAUAACUUUCCAGGCACCAAAGUUUUUGUAAUGCCCAAUGGGAUGCUGAAGAGUAAUGCUCCUCUUGUUGAAAUCAUAGAAAAAGUGAAGCCUGAGAUUAGGUUACUCAUCGAGAAAUGCAACACGGUAAAAAUGUGGGUUCAGCUCCUAAUUCCAAGGAUAGAAGAUGGUAACAAUUUUGGAGUGUCAAUUCAGGAAGAAACUGUGGCUGAGUUGAGGACCGUGGAGAGUGAGGCAGCUUCUUAUCUUGAUCAGAUUUCCAGAUACUACAUUACCCGUGCAAAACUCGUUUCCAAAAUAGCGAAAUAUCCUCAUGUGGAAGAUUAUCGACGUACAGUAACUGAAAUAGAUGAAAAGGAAUAUAUCAGUUUACGGCUAAUUAUAUCAGAGCUGAGAAAUCAAUAUGUGACGUUGCAUGAUAUGAUCUUCAAAAACAUUGAGAAAAUCAAGAGGCCAAGAAACAGUAACACCGAAACGUUGUACUAGUCAGCGUGUCCUCAUGAACCCGCCCAACUUUAGUUCUAUUUUGUUUUAAGUUUUUGUUUCUUCCUUUGAACUUAAAAGGAAUAUAGACCAUCAAUGCCUUGUUUGAACUUGUGACAUACUCUCCACCAAGAAGGGAAAGAGACUGGUCUGGAGAUAAGUGUGCGUUUUUAAAAAAAAAAAUAUAUAAAAUGGCUUUCUCCCCUUCCUUUUGGUUUUGGCGGUUAAAUGUGUAUUUGAAGCCAUAGUCACUGAUGAGGGGCUGUUUAAAGCUUAUCACAAUUUGAGUGCUGUAUACUUAGUACUGGAGUUCAAUGAACAGUGCACUGUAGUCUUCUCGGGCACUGUAGAUGUUGGUUGACCAAUACUGAAUAUCUGGCUCCGGAUCUUCUGUACAAGGUCCUUAGUCAGCUAUCCUCCCAUGGAGGGCAAGCCAUCACUGCUGCAAAUCAUCUUGAUCAUUAUUCCUGGCUACAAAAACAAUAGGAUUGUCUAACUGAACACCUUGGCUCAGCCUAACCCCCCUAAGUUUAAUUAAUAACAUUGUAUGCAACAUUUGAAGUGAACAGUAACACGCACAGACCAGUCGGCUAUUAACUGUUACUAGUGUAAUUCAAAGUUAAAAUAGGAUGAUUUGUGAGUAGGUUCCCAUGAAUAUUUAUUCAGCCCCCCUUUCCCCCAGAAAAAGAAAAGAAAGUGCCUCACAGUGGUGAUUUGGUGUUAAUCAAAUUAAACAAUAUAAUUUGCAGCAGACGUGAGCUUUUUUAUUUUAUUUUUUUGCUAGUCUCGGAAGUCAUUGAUACUCCUGGAGUAUCACUAGCUUGCAGAUAUAUCAAUGGAAUGUCCUUCAGAAAAGCUGGAAAGGAUGUUUGGGUGUGAUACUUUAAAAUGUAAUCUCAUGCCUGUUUUAAUUAACUCUUAAUUUGUCCAAUUUACCCCAUCAGGACAUUUUACAGUAUUAAUCUGUAAGUAUCUUACUACAGACCUCUUUUUAAGGAAACGGCAUUUUGAAAUCCGUUUUCACAGUGCUGUAAAGUGUAUUCGUAGUGAUCCGUCUAUGUAGUGCUUAACUCUUACUGCACGUAGUGAAAAAAGCAAUGCUUGCUGUUUUUACCCUGCAUCUGUUUAUACUGGGAGCAGUAAAUAUGCUUACCAUGUACAGACUUCAGUUACACAACACUUGAAGAGAAUGUAUGUGUGCGCUGUGUUUGGAAUGUGUGUUCCAUUUGUUCACAACCAAUAGUUCUCAAAUUUGCAAUGAACAAUCGGAUAAUUUGCUUGGAUUGUUAACAAAGGAAAGAAUCGGUUGUAAACUGCAUGUCUAGUAGUUAAGUUGUGAAUUGUUCAUCUGUGUGACAGUGUUUGGCUAUAGCCUGAAAUGGAGUAAAUAUAUAGAAAGUUAAUUUUGUAUGGUUGACGUGUGGCUAGGAAGAAGGCUCAGUCAGCAUAUUUUGCAGUACUACUUACAUCUCUCCUGCAAUCGGCUCUGUGUGCAUCAGGGAAGACCAUGUUAUCACAUGGCAGUAGUUUUACCAGUUUACUUGGUUAUUGGCAAAGCCAUGGAAAAGUUUAUGUACCUGGCAUUUUCUACUCUAGCUGAGCUUGCAGUGUAUUAAUCCUGCUAUCAUUGGUAUAUUUUACCUCAAGGUCACUCCGUUUUGAGAUGGUGUUUUUCCUUCUCGUAAACUAAUUCCAUUGCUAAGAGAUUGACCUUUCAGCGGAUGGUAACAUUUAAACGUAGUACCUUUAUGCUUAAUUAAGAGUAUGUGGCAUUAUGCAUCAGCAGGAGUACCCGUUUAUUCUGAUAUAACCUCAUGAAACUGGUGUGUAUGUUGACACUGUGUGUGUGUGUGUGUGUGUGUGUGUAUAUAUAUAUAUAUAUAUAUAUAUAUAUAUAUAUAUAUAUAUAUAUAUAUAUAUAUAUAUAUAUAUAUAUAUCUAUAUAUAUAUAUCUAUAUAUAUAUAUCUGUUAGUUGCUGAACAUAACAGCUCUUUGGAUGAUUCAACUGCAUAUACCAAACAGGACCUGUACAGCAGGUAUGGUCUGAUUUCUAAUGACCUACCUGGCCAAAACAUCCUGAGUUACUGAAGGGGUGGUCUACAGUAUGCCGAAUGUCGGGAUCCCGGCGCACAGUACACCGGAGUCGGGAUCCCGACACCCGGCAUACCGACAGCUAUUCUCCCUCGUGGGGGGUCCACGACCCCCCUGGAGGGAGAAUAAAUAGCGUGGCGCCCGCAAUGGGCUCCUUUGCGCUCGCCACACUGUCGGUAUGCCGGCGGUCGGGCUCCCGGCGCCGGUAUGCUGGUCGCCGGGAGCCCGGCCGCCGGCAUACCAUACUACACCCUUACUGAAGCAGGUUUGUUUUGGCCCUGCUGAUGGAACAGUUACAUUGUCUAAACCUAUCAAACUGCCCUUCAUAUGUAUGUGUGUAUAGAAUAGGACCAGCUUUUGUGACACUGGUUGUCAUAGGUUACUUACAGCACAAACCUAAAACUUGCUGUUGUAAUAUAUUGCAAUGUUUGUUUGUUUUUCUUCACAUAACCCAUAUUUCACAUACUAGGUAAUCUGUUCUAUCUUUAAAGCAACUUAUUUUCCAUUAAAGUACUGUGGUAUGGCCAGUGUUGUGCUUUCACUCUUUGUGCAGUAAGAGUAUGCAUUUUUGUUUUGGUUUAUAUUGCGGAUGUAAAUCAUUUUAUUUCAAUCUUUUGUUGCUAGUCAAUCUAAGUGUAGGUAUGCCUCCAUUUAAAAAAGAAUGCCAAAAGAAUGGAAAUUAACGUGUUCAUUCGAUCCAGCUAAUCUUACACAAGCCCAUCACCACCUGUCUUCUCAGGGUAGAAGUACUUAGAUGUUGACUAUUCAAUCAUUGUUUCAGUAUGCUAAAUGUAUCUCCCUAAAUAUAGCUUAGCUCUAGGACUUGGAUGUUGUGCUCACACGCAAGCAUUAUUUGUCAAAAGCUUUAAAGCUCAAAGUUACUAUAUAACGUUCUUUGAAAUUUUUGGACCACACUUAAUGGGUUUUUGGCAUUUGGUGUGAAUACUUAUAUCUCACAGGGCAUCUUGCCUUUCCAAAUUCGGUGAGCCCCUUACCAGGUUAUGGUUAACUUAGAUUUCAGCUGUGGUUUGCAGAUUGCUGAAUGAAGCAUAAUUUAAAGGGGCCUGUCAAGUGCACACGAUAGAGGCAGCCAUUUUGUGCUACAUCGAUAUUUGUGAAAAUUUAGCCAAUCCAUUUGUAAGUAACUUGCAUUCUCACUAAUAUCUGUUAAGCACAAUAAAUGCCUGCCCGCCCGCACCAUGUGUAAGCACAGAUAAGUUUCAAGGACCGCAUGAGCAAUCUAAUGUCAGUCUCCCAAAGUCAGGAUUUGGUGCCUCCAGCCUCUAUCAGAUUCACGUAUUUAACUUCCUGUUCUGAAUGGUGGUGUCCCAGCCUUAAAUUGUUUUAUUUUAUUUUUUAUCAUUGUCAUUUUAGUUCUUUAUUGUAAAAGAGAGGUUUUGAUUAUUUUUCUUUGCUGAAAUGAUGUAUGUAAAGUUUUAAAAUGUCAACUUAUUAAAAAUGUUCAUCUAA